AUGGAAGUGGAAAAGAGCAGCAGAAGGAGCUGCUUCACUCAGACCUCCUGCCUGGGUGCAGAUUUAGGGGAGGACUCGCAGCUGGAGUAUCUCAGUGCUCACGAGGAGUACGAGGAGGACAAGAACAACUCGAGCGAGUUCUCUGAGCAGGGCGAGGUCGGAGAGGUGAAGGCCGUGCCACUGGUCGGUGACAAGGCGCCACCCCAGAUCACAGCAGGGGAAGAAGAUUCUGGAAAGAGCCAGAGACCCGCCCACAGCGUGGCACUGGAGCCGGACAUCCCUUUCCUGCCGCACAGGGAGGAGGCCCAGCUGGGCAAACACGGAGAGCCCUCCUACUUCAGCAGCUGUGAGAAACCUGCCGUGUGCACUCGCGGCGCCAGCAGCCCUGCAGAGGGUGCUGGAACCCAGCUCCCGGUCCCUGAAAUCCUCCCUAGCAGGAAUCCUGGUGCUGGCAUGGAAGCUGCAGAUAAACCCUCUGGCGGGAGCCCCAGGGCUGGGAAGUCGGAGCGUGGUGAAGCCCUGAGGAGCGUUCCCGGCGUCGCUGUGGAUGCCGGCUCCGAUUCCAGAGCUGGCUUCCCAACCAGCAGAAGCAGCAGUGCCCGGGUCUGUGUGUGCUCCAGGGCAGUGAGCACCGAGGUGACCAUGAUGGACAAAGCUCAGCCUUUGGGGUGGCUGGCUCGAACCUCCGUGGAUGCUGCUUCCAACACGGAGUGGUCCUUAGGAGCUCUCGGCUCACACGUGCAGCAGGAAUCCAAAGAUCAUCCUGCUGUCUGUGACUGGAAGACAGGCACCGACAGGCCAGAACAUCCCAACAAGCAAACCGGGAAGAAUUCUGCACCGAGCUGCUGUCAGAGCAUCCUGCAGAGAGCAACUGAAGCAGAGCUGCAGCUCCUGGCCAUCCAUCACGAGAUGUGCUACCAGCACUGCGUGAAGGUUUAUGAGCUGGCUUUGGAGGAAAACACCUGUCUUGGGAGCUGUGAGAAAAAGGCUGAGUUGUAUUCAUCUCUGCUGUUGGUUUUGGAUGAACUGGACAAUAAUUACAGCAACAUGAGAAGGGAAAUAAGCAUGGGCACACCUUUAAAUGAACUUCCACCACUGUCAGUUGAGCUGAAGUUUUCCCCACUCUCUUCCUUUUACAUCCCCUCCAAGUUUUUCAGAAAGAGUCUUUACUCCGAUGAUCUUUCAGGUGAAGGGAAAGCUGACUUUGAGGAGCCAAAACAGCAAGAAAAGGGGAUUUCUGUCAAUAUGGACAACUCACAGACUGAUGGUGAUCAACCAGGUGACUCUGCUUCCCCUGAGGCGUGGGAAGAACUACUUAAAGAUCAGGCUCUGGAACGUGGCUGUGUGAAAAAUGAGGAAGGAAGUGAGUAUUGGUUUGAUGCUAAGGAAGACUUGUCAGUGGCAGAUAUUUCAGUAAUGUGCAAAGAAAUGAAAAAGCAACAAGGAAAACAAGACUCCAUUGACUCGAGAGAAGUGAAGAUAGUGGGGAAUGGGAAGGAACAUUCCUCUGUUCCUGUUGGUGGCCCAAAGCCCUCAGUGCCUGAGGAUCCUGGGGAAAAUUCCCUGCAGAAAACAUCCACUUGUUCCUCUGUGAACCCAUCUGGUAUCUUUGUUUCUCCUUAUGCACUGAACUUGAGCAGCUUUACCAGGUUAAUAAAGAGACUUCAAGGAAAGCAUCCAGGGUUUAGCAGAAAAGAAAUUGUGGAGGCUGUGCAGGAGGUGAGGAAAAUGAACAAAGGAGUCCUGAGUGGCUUGGCCAUCAGUUCCAUUGAGGAGAAGGCCUCUGCCAUUCUGAGGCGUUCCACGUGCUGCUCUCAGCAGGAGAAGCACUGAAAAAGGCCCCAAGUUCUGAGAGCUCCCUGUAUUUUGGAUUCCAGCCCCUGGAGUGCUCCGCUGCUGGGCUGUGUGGAGGGCGCUGUCACACAUGUUCGGAGCACAGCUGACACCUAACGGCCAGGCCUUGUGUAGCCUCUCAUCCAGAAAUCCCAGCCCUGGCUCCCUUCUGCAUCCAGACUCUGAUGGUUUCUGGCUGAGGGCCAGCUCUGGGCUGGAAACCUGGGAGUAUCAGACUCUGUCUUGUUCUCUCACACCAAUCCCUGUGCACGAUCUUGUGGCGCUGCAGGAAGCUGCAGCAAGCUGAAGGUGUUGAAACCACAGCCCAGAAUUCCAGGCAGGUGUCUAUCCAUCCUUGCUUUAGUCUCCUGCUCAGCUUGGUGCUGUGCUUGCUCUAGGUACCUGCUAGCAGUGCCACUGCCAGCUUUCCUGCAAAAAGGAAAAGUCUUCAUGUUAAUCUCCUGUCUGACUUUCACAGGACUGCAGACAGGGACAGAAACUCACCCCCAAAACGUUAAAAUCUUAUGUUUGGAAGCCUUUUCAGUCAGUAAGGUUUUAACAGCCUCAAUGUGUUGUGCUUGUGGAGGGUUUAUUUAGUUUUCCAAUGGUGCGUGGGCUCUGCAGUCCUAAUUGUUCCUGUUACAGUAUUUUUUCCCUGUUGUUUUGUGUGAGAUAAUGACUUACAAUAAUUUUUAUUUUCAUCAUGAGGGAGGUGUGAGAUGGCCAGGUCAUUAGUAAAUAAUGGGGAGAAAAAGAAUCCCCAUUUUCCAUAGUAAGGAACAAGUAUGUAGUACAUUUAAGAGAAGGUGAUUCUGCUCAGAGCUCACCUACAGUAACUCAGUCUCUUUGUUGUACUUUGUUCUAGACCCUGCGGCAAUUGUUGCUGGAAAGAACAGCCUUGUUUACUGUCAAUAAAGGUUAAAAUUUGUUCCUCAAAAAAAGUUGGGCCAGUGUUGUGCUGUUUGCAGACCUCUUCUGCUGCCUCUCCCUGUGGCAGAGCCGUGGCUUUGG